AUGUCCCUUCAGAAUACGUGCAAGGUUGAUCAAAAUAUUAAGUCUCCACCACAGUGUCCGGUUGAUCAUGAAGCGUACGGUGUUUACGACCCUCAACUGGCGUACACGAACACUCUUCUAUCAGCGAUAGCUUAUUCUGAUACUCCGACAAAAUGCAUGAAUAGCAUUGUUCCUGAUGGUAAUUUUGAACUAAUACACGCGGUUGGUCGCAGGUGCGAGGACCUCUUUUUGUUUGAAUACGAGGAAUGUUAUGCAUACACAGCUAUUUCGCAUACAUUGAAGAUUAUUGUUCUGGCCUAUCGUGGGACUACUACUACCUAUGGAAACAAACAGCUCUAUGAUGAAAUUGUUUCAAUUUUGACGACACCAAAAACGUCCUUUAUAACCGGAGGGGAAGUACAGUAUUAUUUUAAACAAGCAUAUGACAAACUGUUCCCAUGUGUUCGCAAUAGCAUAGAAGAAAUAGUCCAGCAAAAUCCGGAUUAUGAUGUUGUAAUAACGGGCCAUUCACUUGGUGGGGCGAUAGCUUCACUUUCCGCCGCGUCACUUAUAUAUACAGGCGUUGUACGUAAAACUAAAUUGUCUUUGUACACAUUUGGAAUGCCAAGGGUUGGGGAUAAAGAGUAUGCUAUCAAUCACGAUAGAAUUGUUAACAAUAGCUGGCGUGUCGUUCACGGUAGAGACAUAGUCGCACAUCUUCCAACUUGUAACUUAUUGUUUGGAUGUAGAGUAACAGCAAAUGGUCCAUACCAUCACCGAACAGAAAUUUUCUACAAAGCAGAUCCUAUGACCAUAAGUUCCACUUAUAUACAGUGUGAAGGGAAUGAAGAUGACCUAUGUAGUGACGGUCUUGUAACUAAGAACUGGUGUGUACCGGGUGAAGAUUUAGAUGACUGCAUUGACUAUCAUAAAGUGUACUUUGGAAUUCCAGUCGGAACAUACUGUAAUGAAAAAGACUCUCGAAGAAAACGCAGCGCAACUGAGCGCUCGCGGAUGUGGGAUAACUUUUCAAGCGAUGAAUGCAAGCGAAUUAAUAUAACCAAAGGAUCUACAGUCAACGCCGCAACCGAAGCGUGCAAAAUUCAAGAAAGCUUUUUAAUUUUAAUAACUUUAUUGAUUUUUGAAAAGGCUAUGAUUUAA